CCACAAGUGCACCACAACGACAACCCCGCCAGAGCUGCCCCGCCAGGUGCCCGCGCCCCCGACCUCGUGCACUGCGCCAGUGACAGCGGCACACUCGUACACACCACACACACAUCAUGGCGCCCUCGUCGGUCCCGCCCAAUCCGACCGCCCAAAAUGUCGCCCAGCUGCUGCCCCGGUUCGUCGAUGACGAUCCCGACUUCCGCUUCAUGGCCCUGAGCGACCUGCACGACAUUCUCGUUGUAGCUCAUCCUGGCCUCCUGCUCCACGAUGAUGUCGUUGCCGCAAGGACCGUGGAUGGUCUGCUCACGACACUGGUCGACACCAACGGCGAGGUCCAAAACCAGGCCGUCAAGUGCCUGGGGCCCUUUGUCAACAAGAUCAGCGAGAAGACGCUGCCCGUUAUGAUUGAAAAGCUGUCGACACUCCCUACAGGCAAUACCGUAGACCAGUCGAUACCCGCCCUCGCCCUCCGCGAAGUCGUCGUUUCCCUCCCGCGUCCCGUCCACGGUGCUGCACGCGGCAAAGCCGUCUUGAACGCAUACAGCGCCAUUAGCAGGGUGCUGAUUCCUCGCCUGAUCGGAUACAACGUCAUACCACCCGCACAACCAGGCCUCACGCAGCCACCCAAGGGCAUGCUGCAGGAAGACUUGGACAAGGGCACAGACAGCAACGCCAUUGAUGUGCUGACUGAAGUCGCUCGGUGCUUUGGCUCUAUGUUGCAGGAUGUCGAGAUCCAGGCCUUGCAACAGAUGACAUUUGCUAUUCUCGAAAACGACCGCGCAAGCUCGAUGAUGAAGAAGAAGUCUGUGACUGCCAUCUCCACUCUGGCUGGCUACUUUUCCGACUCGUUGCUGAGCAGCUUUCUGUCCAAGGUGAUUGAGCUUCUACGCGACCCGCACCUUACUCGCAGCAAGCGAAAGCUGUACAUUACUAUACUAGGCUCUAUGGCGCGUUCCAUCCCGCGCAAGUUUGGGCCAUACCUAAAGACUCUGGCGCCAUUUGUUCUGAGCGCACUGAGCACCGAGGAACAGGCUGAACAAAUGGAUGUGUCAGACGACGAGGGCGAGCGUGAUCCGGAGAUUGACGAGGUUCUGGAGGCUGCUCUCAUCGCGCUCGACGGGUUUCUCGCCUCCUGCUCAAACGACAUGCGCGCAUAUACCGAUGAGACCAUCGAAGCCGCAACGCGCUAUCUCAAGUACGACCCCAACCUUGCGCAAGACGAUGACGAAGACGACGACGCUAUGCCAAGCGACGAGGAAGAUGCAUUGGAAGGCGAUGAUUUCGAAGAAGAGACUGGCUAUGAUGAUGAUGACGAUGCUAGCUGGAAAGUGCGCAGGUGUGCGGCCAAGGUUCUGUACACACUCAUCUCGACACGAAGCAACGGCGAUCUUCUCGAAGACGGAACCCUCUACAGCCGCGUCGCACCAGCACUCAUUGCACGCUUCAAGGAGCGGGAAGACAACGUACGCUUAGAGGUUCUGUCGACACUAUCCAACCUAGUGAGGAAAUCUGGCGACGGACCCUCACCGGUCAAGUUCGCAGACGAGACAACUCAGGGUGGAAUGAUGCCGCCACCAAGCAAGAAGCGUCGCCGCGGUGGUAGCGAUGCGAGCAUGUUCGAUCUCCAUGCGAGCUCGUCCCUAUCCAUGGGCUAUGCUUCGCCUGCACCAGCCGACACACCUCCAGUAGGCCCUCGUGCUAGCUUGGCGAAGCUCAGUCCAGACAUUGUCAAAGGUGUUGCGCAGUUGCUCAAGCAAACAUCGUGUCCGCCCACUACUAAGCAGGCAUCGAUAUCGUUGAUCAAGGAUAUUGUCAUUACGCAGCGCGGUGGUCUUGACGGCUACCUCAGCCAGCUCAUCACACCAGUCGUAGAAGCUGCCAAGACUACUGGAGGCUCAUCAAGCAGCGCUUCUGCCACGGCGAACAGCUUACGAACUCAAGCACUGCAGCUGAUAGGUGCUGUGGCUGGCACACACUCAUCCAAAUCGAUCCAGCCGUAUCUGGCGCCUAUAGUUGAUGUGCUUCUUCGCGGGGUCAAAGAGAAAUACAGCAAGCUAUCGAUUGAGGCGCUCGCAGCGACCGAACAAGUCAUCAAGGCCCUUACACCUCCUCGAUCCGCCGCUUCCGGGACAGAAAACCAGCAAUACCUGGAACAACUGUAUGACUCGCUGGUCAACAGGAUAUCUGCAAACGACGCAGAUGUUGAAGUACGCCGCAGUGCUAUUCAUGUUCUGGGCCUGCUGCUGGGUCGAAGCUCUGGAGCCCAAGGCUUGAUUGCAACAGAGAAGCGAACAGCAGGGCUUGAACUCCUGGCUGAGCGCCUUAAGAAUGAGCUUACUCGCCUUGCCUCUGUUCGCGCAAUCGACUCGAUUGCUGCCCAUACCAAGGCCAAGGACGAGCUGUCAGCCAAGUGGGUACAGACUGUCGCGCUGGAGCUCGGUGCGCAAUUGCGAAAAGCAAGCCGUGCUUUGCGCGGUGCCAGUUUGAGCGCUCUUCGUACUCUUGCACUGAACCCGCAAUCACGGAGUCAACUGGACAAUCAGACUAGGGUACAACUGGUCGAGAUGCUGUUGCCACUGCUCAACGCCAAUGACCUCCACCUUCUAGGUCCUGCCCUCAUCAUCCUCGCCACUUUUGUCAAGGAUGAUGCGCAGGUGAUCAUGACACCCAACCUUAAUACGGCUCUGUGCCAGGUUGCCCAAGGCUCUAUUAGCGGAAUGCCGCUUGAUGCACUGCUCAAGCUUGUCCGCACCAUUGGCGAGCAGCGCGUAGGACAAGAACUGAUGCAAGCUUUGCUGCAGCAAGUUGGUGUUUCUGGACAUGCCGAGGUCGUCGGAAAAGUCAUUGGCAACCUCCUUGUUUAUGGCGGUGACAGUGUGGGUGUCAAGCUUGAGCAGUUCAUCACUGAGCUCGAGACUGCACAAGAUGAUAAACGCCAGUGUCUUGCUCUCGUCGUGCUCGGAGAAUCUGCACUGCGAUUGGGCUCCCAGUCAAGCAUUGACCCCAAGCUGUUCAUCAAGUACUUCUCUGCUAAAUCAGAAAACGUACCGCUGGCAGCUGCUGUAGCCCUUGGAAGAGCUGGCGCUGGAAGUGUCAGCAAGUAUCUCCCCGUCAUUCUGUCAAACAUGGGCCAGCCUUCAGCUCCACAGUACUUGUUCUUGCACUCCAUCAAGGAAAUUCUUCAGCAAGAUGAUGCAGAAUCUGAGAUUAUCCCCUACGCCUCCACUCUAUGGGACAAUCUCGUCGUUGCUUCUCAGCUCGAAGACAACAAGGCGAUUGGCGCCGAAUGCAUUGGCAGACUUACCAUUAUUGACCCCAAGACGUACCUUUCUCAGCUUCAGGCGUUCUUGAACGACCGCAAGGCAAGUGUACGUGCUAUGGUCAUCUCUGCCCUGCGCUACACCUUUACCGAUACCGAUGAAGCCUAUGACGAGUACCUCAAGCCCAUCGUUGUGCCCAUGCUGGUGCAGAUGCUCAAUGAGCCGGACCUGGAAAACCGCCGCCUGGCCCUCAUGAGCUUCAACUCGGCGAUGCACAACAAGCCGGACAUCAUUCUGCCUGCACUGGAUCAGCUGCUACCUCUGGCCAUGCGAGAGACUGUCGUCAAGCCGGAGCUCAUUCGUGAGGUCCAGAUGGGCCCAUUCAAGCACAAAGUGGAUGAUGGUCUCGAAAUCCGCAAGAGCGCAUACGAGACAUUGUACGCCCUUCUUGAAAAGGCCUUUGCCCGGCUGUCGCCUAUUGAGGUCUCUGACUUCUUCGAUCGCAUAGUUGCUGGUGUCACUGAUGAGCACGACAUCCGCAUCUUGUGUAACCUUAUGCUCACAAAGCUGUUGAUCAUUGCCCCUGACCAAAUACAUUCACGCCUGGAGACACUGGCCGAGAACUUCCGCACGGUUCUCGCCGUCAAGCCAAAGGAGAAUGCUGUCAAGCAAGAGAUUGAAAAGAUUCACGAGGGUGCUAAGGGUGUGCUCAAAGUUUCAGUUCAGAUCAACAAGCAAAUGGGCACUGAGGCUGGUAUCGGACAGGAUGACCCACAUUCACGUGUAUGGGCACAAUACUGGGAGCAGGUUUCAAAGGAACACCAGAAUGGAUUGAAGGCAGUGGCAGAAGAGCUUAAGGAGCGCGACCGCUAGGUGCCGUCGCCAUCUUGUGAGACGAUUGAAUGUGCAACUCGGCCUGCACCAGUGCACGAGGACUGCUAAACUUGUAGCUUGCCCGAACUGAAUGACAUCUAAUACUAGGGCGCCCGUCACUUCAAGAUACGCUCUUCAACAUAAUGGCUAUCAAAAAGCAUUUGGGUGUAUUGUCAUGGUGGAUGUGAGAAGCGGUGCAUAUGUCGAUUAACGAUGAGAAUAUGAUAAAAGCACCGGAUAGGUGCAUAGACGCACCG